CAUGUCCCGAGCCACAGGCAGAGGCUUAACCCACUGAGCCACCCAGGUGCCCCUCCUCUCUCCUUUUAUACCCACCUUGUAGGUAUCUCCCACCCCAACUGUGUCCCUUCCCCAGCUGGGGAAACCCUGGCUGAUAUAUUCUGUUUAGCCAUUUUCAGUCUCCUGUAGGCAACAACGGCUCAGAAAAAAAGCCUCCUUUAUAAACCCUUGCUUUUGCCUAACAUCCCCUGGCUGCUGUCCCCACAUGACCCAAAUAAACAGAUGAUCAUGUGAAGCCAGUAAGGCUGUUUGUUUUAAAUAGCAAGCAUCUCCACUAAGCUCUGGAGCAGAUGGGGUAUUGGGGGCAAGGGAGAGACUGGCAUUUGACUCUGUUCACCCCACCUUUAUCUCAGGCUUACCCACCCAUGAAGGAAAAGGUGUCUUCAGAAUGCUCCUUUUCAGAGGGGUGCCUACUUAAUGGAAAAGAGCUGGUAUCCGGCAAGAAGUCAAAAAUUGGGCUUGGGCCUCUGUAAGAGACUUCAGGACUAUUUGAGUGCUAUGACCACUUGAGGACGGCAGAAGAUACAGCUGAAUGGAGCUCUCUGAGCAUCAUGGGCCACUGGACAGAAUAGUACAGUGCUGACCCCAAACAAAAAAUUUGGUCAACAUUGUUGCAGGUAACUGUUACGUUAUAUAAACUGUUUAGUGCCCCACCCCAGCAUACACACCUGUGUAUUGCCUUCAAACUUCUCAUUUUCUUUGGUUGUUCUGUGGGCCAGGCCAGCCACACUAGUAGCAGGUGGCAGAUAUCUAAAUGGAAGCAAUUUAAGGACCAGCACAGAUCUCGCCCUCCCAAGAGAAGGGCAUUCAUCCCAGGACACCUGGGCUCCGUUGUUCCCACCCUCUCCCCCACCUUCCUUUCCAGAUCCAUCACAAGCCAAGCCAGUGGCACCUGGACGUGUGUAAUGGCCUCUGCUCAGUUACAGAUGCUAGGGCAUCAAAUGUGUGAAGAUCAGAUCCUUCCAUAGACUGCUGCUGGCAAACAGUCCCCUUCCUUCUCUUCACUAGGUUCUUGAUUUCCAAGAUCCGUGCAGGUUUUCUUUCCUUGGUAUGUAUUAUGCCCUCAAAGGAAGGGAGCAAAGCCAGCAGGCAUGCAUUUGUACCGGCUUUCUGUGCCUCUAAGCUAGACCCCAAAAUAGGAACAUAGCCCUCCAAGGGCACAAUGGGGUUGGGAUGGGAUGGGAAGAGAUGGGUUGGCAGGAUGGUCUGCCACUCAGCUGUCCUCAUUACGUUUUGCUUUGUAGCUUUGAUGGUGAAUCCCAGGCUGCAGGAUUCUGAACCCAGCUGGCAUUGUCCCAUUCUGAACUGGUAGCAAAAAAGGAAUUUAAGGCUAGGACGCAGGGGCCAAAGGACUGCAGGCAUUGGGCCCACAGAGCUGUACAUGUGUUAGGGUGCUACCAAAGUGCCUUCAGUCGGUCUUUGUGUAACUACCAACUCUACCAGUGGGGCUUGUGUGGCCUGUGCCAAAAGAAGCAGAACAGCAGGGUUUCAGGUGAAGAUUUUGGAGACCCAGACUAUAGUAUAUUAAGUGGACAACUUCCUGUGCAGACAGUUUGAUACUCCUACACGAUUUUUUUCGAAUUGGGUGCCCUGCCCUGUUUCAGAACUGCCUUCAGAAGAGUCGUCGACGGGGUCAAGGAUAAAUACUCCUUCCUCCAGGGCAUGCAGCAGUUGGAAUACCGAGUGACUUCAGACAAGUCCUCUCUCGUGUCUGGGCCUCAGUUUCCUUAUCUGCAAAAUGAGACUACUUAUGCUGACAAAGGUCUAACUUUAUGAUCGUACCGCAGGCAGCCCCAAACACUAGCUCAAGUAGCGGCGGCAGCGAGCGCCAGCCCGGGGUCCCGCCCUCUUGGCGAGCGCGGUGGAGACCAGGCAGAGCGUCCCGACCCCCAGCCCCGCCCGCGGCCUCAACCGCCCAGCGGCUGGCAGGGCCAGGCUUCCGCCCUCCACGUUGUUGUUCCCGAUUUGGGCCCCGCCCCCUUGGUCUCGGCCGCGGACGCCCUGCGUUAACUGCCCCCGCCCAGGCCCCGUAGCAAAGGGUGGCCUGUGGGGGCAUCAACAUUAGAUAGGCGUGGACAAAGAAGAAUUUGGGGGUAGAAAAGAGAGACUUGAUUUGGAAGGAAGGGUGAUGAAAAGUAAAGGGUAGGCCACGGCACAACUGCAGAAUUUUCCUCUCGGCGUCUCACCCUCCGUUCUUAGAGUGGACCCAUCCGCACCUAAGAAUGUGACCGUGUUAGACACUGGCCCUUUAAACAGAAGGCUGGCGGCGCGGGGUGUCCAUGUGGAGCUGCUCCAUGCCGUGUUGUCCUGCCCGCCCAUUGGCCCUUGGCCCGGUGACGUCGUCUAAUAGGAUGCGAACGCACUGCGGGGGGAGGAACGGAGGCAAAACGAGGAACCGGAUUAUCGCUCCGCUCCCUCCGCCUGUCUCUGGCAGCCUCCUGCCGUCAGCUCCGCCCACGGGCGGAUCCCGGGGGAAUUGCGACAGCCGGGGUGGUUGCAGGAAUUAGGUCACGUGUGGGUAGGGAGCGGAGACCCAGGGGUCAGGCCAGUCUUCUAAGUCAUCCUAAGGUUUCCCUGACCUGGAAUAUCCUUAUUUGAGCUAACUUAAGUCUUAAAUUUUCCACCCCUCUUUUCUUCCAGCAGGACACACUUCGUUGUGAAUGACCGCAACACGCAGCCCUUGCUCAACUUGUGGCUUGCCAUCGGGGCGGGGCGAGGAGAGAAAGCGGAAAUGCAGGGCGCGAGCGGGGCGGGUUAUUCUCCCACCCCCACCCAGGCCACGUGUGCGCGCGCCGUCCUAUAGUGGGCGGGGCAAGCCCGCUCAGCACCCCGCCCCUCCCUUCCUGAGACGCCGCGGCCCUGCGGGCGGGGGCUCCGGUCCGGGCUUUGGCUGCGGCCCCGGUGUAGUAGCGGGGGCGGCGGCCGGGGGCAGCGCGGCUCCUUCCCUUGUUGUGUGUGUCGGUGCCUCCUCGCCAUCUUGUUGCAAAGCCUUUUCUUGUCGGCGGGACUCCCGGGGGCCGCGGGGCGGGAGGCAUCAGAGGGGGAAAAAGAGAGGGAGGGGAAGGAGGGAGGCAGUGCCGCCUUUUGUUUUUUUGCACCAAAAUUUUUUAAAUUUGCAAAUUAUAUUUUGCAAAUAUUUUGGGAAACAUUAAUUUUUUCUCUCCGUGCUCUCCCAUUCUUCCUUGCGGAGUGCGCUGCGCCGCCCAGCCCUGUCGCCCCCCGGAGGUGAUCCCUCCCUCCUGCCUGCCCGCCAGCCUGACCUGUGCCCCUCUCGCGGGCCGCAGUCUCGGCCCCGGCGCGCCCCCGGCAGCUCUCGGCGCGAUGAGCAUAGAGACGCUACUGGAGGCGGCCCGCUUCCUGGAAUGGCAAGCGCAGCAACAACAGAGAGCACGUGAGGAGCAGGAGCGGCUUCGCUUGGAGCGGGAGAGGGAGCAGGAGCAGAAGAAGGCCAGCAGCCUGGCCAGGCUGGCCCAUGCCCUGCCUGUGGAGGAGCCCCGCAUUGAAGCACCACCCCUACCUCUGUCCCCACCAGCACCCCCUCCAGCACCCCCACCCCCACUUCCCACCCCCACCCCACUGACUGUCAUUCCUAUUCCAGUAGUGACCAACUCUCCUCAGCCCCUGCCCCCGCCCCCACCACUGCCUCCUGCAGCCCAGCCUUUGCCUCUGGCACCUCGCCAGCCAGCCCUGGUUAGCACCCCUGGACUCAGCAUUAAGGAGUCUGCUCCCUUGCCCACUAGGCCACAGGUGCCCAAUCCCACUCCCCUGCUGCCAGACUCCAAGACCACCCUUGCAUCCACUGGCAGUCCCAAGCCUUUGCAGCCCCUCCCCACACCCAUCCUGACCAUAGCACCUCACCCUGGAGUUCAGCCCCAGCUGGCCCCCCAGCAGCCACCCCCACCCACUCUUGGGACCCUGAAGUUGGCACCAGCGGAAGAAGUCAAAUCCAGCGAACAGAAGAAGAGGCCUGGGGGGAUCGGAACCAGAGAAGUACACAACAAAUUGGAGAAGAACAGGAGGGCCCAUCUGAAGGAAUGCUUUGAGACCCUAAAGCGCAACAUCCCCAACGUGGACGACAAGAAGACGUCGAAUCUGAGUGUGCUGCGGACGGCGCUGCGGUACAUCCAGUCUCUGAAGAGGAAGGAGAAGGAAUACGAGCAUGAGAUGGAGCGGCUGGCGAGGGAGAAGAUUGCUACCCAGCAGCGGUUGACAGAGCUCAAGCAUGAGCUGAGCCAGUGGAUGGACGUGCUGGAGAUCGACCGUGUGCUCCGGCAGACUGGCCAGCCCGAGGACGACCAGGCCUCCACCUCCACGGCCUCUGAGGGUGAGGACAACAUAGACGAGGAUAUGGAGGAGGACCAGGCUGGCCUGGGCCCACCUAAACUGAAUCAUCGCCCCCACCCGGAGCUGCCGAAGCCCCCGCCCAGUGCUGCCCCUGCACCUCUGCCUCCCCAUCCACACCCCCACCCCCAGCCUGUGGCCCUGUCUCCCGUCCACCUGCCUGGGCAGCAGCCACCGCCACCACAGAAGACACCACUGCCGGCCCCUCCUCCCCCAGCGGCUGCCCCUGCCCAGACGCUGGUGCCGGCUCCAGCCCAUCUAGUGGCGGCAGCUGGCGCGGGCUCCACGGUCAUCGCCCACACAGCCACCACCCACGCCUCAGUCAUCCAGACUGUGAACCACGUUCUUCAGGGGCCAGGCGGCAAGCACAUCGCCCACAUCGCCCCCUCGGCCCCCAGCCCUGCUGUGCAGCUGGCCCCCGCCACACCCCCCAUCGGCCACAUCACCGUGCACCCUGCCACCCUCAACCACGUGGCCCACCUCGGCUCCCAGCUGCCCCUGUAUCCGCAGCCCGUGGCGGUGAGCCAGCCUGUGGCGGUGAGCCACAUUGCCCACACCCUCUCACACCAGCAAGUGAAUGGCACAGCUGGGCUGGGGCCCCCGGCCACUGUCAUGGCGAAGCCAGCUGUGGGGGCUCAGGUGGUGCACCACCCCCAGCUGGUGGGCCAGACAGUGCUCAACCCUGUGACUAUGGUCACCAUGCCCUCCUUCCCAGUCAGCACGCUCAAGCUGGCUUGAGGAGGAGGCCACUCAGAGGCCCCCAGUGGGGGCAGGGAGGGGGCCCAUCCCCCGCUCUCCCACCCACCAGCUCCACACAUUCCAGCCAGGCCCAGGCCCGACCCCCCCACACACACCCACCCCCAGGCCUCCUAGGGGAAGGGGGUGCAGAGACUCUGAGCCAGGGGAGGGAGGGCCACCCCAGGGAGCUGGGCACAGGGCAGGGGGUUACCCCCACUGCACUAGGACUUGAUCAAGUGAUGAGACACUCUGGUGAAUGUGCCACUCUGUCUGGCCUGGUGCCAGCUCCAGUGCCGUUCCUGCCUCCCCACUUUGUACCCUGCAACCCCGUGCGAUGUGGCUGUUGUGUUCUCCCGACUUCCCCGCUCUGCCUGCCUUCCUGUGCUGCUGCUGCUGCUACUGCUCUGGCUGAUGAGGUGGCCAAGCUCCCUCUGUCCUGAGCCUCAGCCUUCUCUUCCCAGGCCCUCAGAGGGGAAGGGGGGAGGGAGCAGGACUGAAGCAACUUGGCCCGGGGAGCUGGGGAGCUGGGUGCCUGGGGGGCUCUGCUCUGAGUACAGAUGACAGAUCCUAGGACACAGCGGCUGUGUGGUCCCUUCCUGACAGUUGGGCACCCCAGCCUGGGGCUCUCCAACCCAGUCAGUCGUAGUCACUGAUUUGUUACCACAGAAACUAGUUAAGAGGAGUCUCUACCAGCAACUCAUCCCAUGCUGUUGCUGAGCUCCCUGAGCCUCCCCCGCCCCCAGUCCUUGCCACUGGGCUCCUGACCUCAGGAGGGUAGGCUGAGGGUGGGGGGUGGGAACGAAUGGCUUGGCCGUCCUGCCCCCACACCCACCCCACCGCUGGCCUGGGGCUGGACUGAGGAAAGAGCUGCUCUGGAUCUCCAUCCCCAGCCCUGGGCCUGGCUCUUAGCUUCCCAAAAGCAGAGGGGCUGGGGUGCGGUCACUUCUGCUGCCCCAGUUCCCUGGCCUCUGCUCAGAGCCGUGCGCGCCCCUGAGGGGUGUAUGCUGGAGUGCCUCUUGUAGCCUCUGGUCUGGGUCUUAGGAAGUCCAAAUCCAAGGCCUGAGCCAAAUCCCCAGCAUCACCCCCCUCCCCGCGUCCCUGAUGCCCUGGGGGGACCUGUAGAGCAGGGAGGAGGACUGCUGCUUGUGCCCCAACUAAUUUGUCUUUGGCAUCAUCUCUUUCCCUUGAACAUCAGCUUUUCUCCAGUGGGCUCUUCUGAGUGUGCCACAGCCUUCCUCUGAGGAAGGUCCUUAAGUUGGAUCUAGGGCAAGGCUGAGCUUGGGGUGGGUAGUGAGGGGGCCUUUGUGCAAGGCCUGCUUCUUUCCCUGCCUUUGCCUCUGCCCACUGCUUUGGCUUCUCUUUUUAUGUGGGUAUUUAUUACAAGUGACCUUGUGUUAGACACACAGUUGUACACAUGUGCACACUCGCCUCCCCACCUGGACGCACAUGGUGGCCUUUCAGCAUGGGGAAAGGAAGCCAGUGUCCGUAGGUGUGAAGUUUGCUUUGACGAGCAAGGGGAGCAACCUACAGGAAACUGAGGAGGCUGGCAGAGGUCCCUUUCAGUUCUUUCCUAGUCUUGGAGACCUCCCAGGGGCCUGGUUCCCUUUGUCUUGCCUGGGGUGGGGAAAGGGAAGGCCUCUGGUCAUCCUAGAGGCCCCCAAUAGGGAGCUUCACACCCCACAAGCUCCCUGCCUUCCUGCCCCUGCAGCCACCUCCUGCCAACCCUGGUUCUUGGGGAACCAGUCUCCGCUUUUCCCUGAGUGAUACCAACUGAAAGAGCAGAGGGAGCUGGACGGGCCUGGUGCCCAGGGAAUGGUCAGAGAAGCACUGGGGAGCCUGCCCUUUCAAGCUCUGUUCACCUCCCUGCAUCCUGAGGCCAUUCCAGAAUUGAAAGUGUGUCACCCAGUGGCCUCUGGGGCCUGCACAGAUACCUCAUCCGCCCGCUCACCGCCCCUGCCCCUCCCCACCCCUAGCAGUGGGGGCCUUCGAAUCUAGUGCCGAAUGACUAUGUCCAGAUUGGUGACGAUGGGUGUUGUUGCUGUUGUUUUUGUUGUUGUUUGUGAAUGCUGUGAUGCUGUGUGCCCGAGAGGGCAGCCGCCACCCAGCCCUUCCAUGGGCAUCUCCCCUCUGAGAGCUGUCAGGACCACGUCUGUCCUCACCCUGUGGGACCGCCUGCCCCUCCCCCUCCCCAGCCCUUCCAGCCUGGGGGACGCGUGCGUGCACACACACAUAUAUACACACACACACACACACACACACACACCUUACCUCUCAUGCGUGUUUUACUUUUUGACGUUAAGAGUGGCUCACUGGCUGGGAGCCUUUACCUCGGGGAAAGGGGGAGGUUGGUUCCUUGGGGGCCAAAGAAGGGCAGGGAGUGCCUGGAGGGGAACUGGGGGGUCACUAUAACCCCUGCUCUCCAGGAACAGCUUCUCCCCCAUCCCAGGGUUCCAUCCCCAUCCCCCAAAGAGGUGGCCCUUGUUUACAGUGAGGACUUGGUCACUGUGUCUCCGUUUCCUGAAAUAUAAACUGUAGCGACCCCAGACUGUAGAGAUUUUUAUGUGUUUGGAUACAUCUGCUGUGUGGGAAAAAAAAAAAAAAAAAAACCUACAAAAAACCCUAAUUUUGUACAUAUUGUAUUUUUACUAUUGAACUGUAUUCUAGUGGCUGUUCAUGCUCCAAGACUUUAGGUAUUGAGACAUGAAUACUAUCCAUGUAAUAAGCACUUGCCUGGAAUAAAAUAUAAAACUGAAAUAAACCUGCACUGAAACCAGA